AUGGGAGGAGAAUUUACCAGAGCCCUUUGCUUGAUUGUGUUUCUUUCCAUUGUUGUAAUUGGCAAAGGUGAUAGUAGUUUCAACCCAAGAUGUGCUAAGGAGACGAUUACGGUCGUCCAAACACCGACAGGAAGGAUCGCAGGCUGCACGAAGGAGUGGAAGGUGAACGUCACGAAUACAUGCGAGUGUUACCUUUUUGGGGUGCAUCUGCAAUGCCCUAAAUUUGAUGCAAUAGUGCUUACCAACGACGAUCAUUACACCAUUAGCGAAAACGGCGAAUUGAAGGGAGAUUGUGUCUUGAACAAAGGUGAAUCUUUGGGGUUUUCUAGUGACCAGCACCACAACGUUUUUACCUACGUCGGGGAUCGUAUCGAUUUUGUAGUGUCUACUUAUUCAGAAGCUUGCUCUUAA